AUGAUAGAUUCGGAUCCUACGGCGCUGGUUCAGCCAUCUGCAGUACCUACUUUUCCUGCCCUUGAUCCAUCCGCACAACGAACUCUCCUCAAAUCAGAAACACGGCGCAUUCCUAUACCACCACACCGGAUGACACCUAUCAAAAAAGAAUGGGUCAACAUCUUCAGCCCACUUACGGAGAUGCUGGGUCUUCAAGUCCGGAUGAAUGUUCAGCGGAGAUCCGUGGAGAUCCGAACAUCAAAACAUACAAAAGAUAUCGGUGCAUUGCAAAAGGGGGCAGAUUUUGUUAAGGCAUUUGCAUUGGGCUUCGACGUCAACGAUGCUAUUGCCCUCCUUCGGUUAGAUGAUCUAUACCUCGACUCAUUCGAGAUUAAGGACGUCAAAACACUCCAAGGCGAUCACCUCGCCCGUGCCAUUGGUCGAAUAGCAGGACAGGAUGGCAAGACCAAGUUUACGAUUGAAAACGCGAGCCGGACACGCAUUGUCCUCGCUGACACGAAAAUACAUAUUAUGGGCUCCUUCCAAAAUAUUAAAAUUGCACGAGAUGCCAUUGUUUCUCUCAUCUUGGGAUCGCCACCUGGAAAAGUAUACGCUGGGCUUAGAACGGUAGCCAGCCGUAUGAAGCAGCGGGCACUGUAA